AUGGCUUCAUUCAUUACCACAAUCAACGCUCGAACAAGAGCGCCUUUCAAGCCGCGCUCAGCGGCGAAGGGCACGACCAGCUACCAGUUGAGACAGUUUGCGGAGGCGACGCUUGGAAGUGGGAGUCUACGGAAGGCUGUGAAGCUCCCUGAGGGGGAAGAUUUAAAUGAGUGGCUAGCUGUGAACGUGGUCGACUUCUACAACCAGAUCAACCUUCUUUACGGAGCUAUUACCGAGUUUUGCUCGCCACAGACAUGUCCAGAAAUGAAAGCGACCGACGAGUUCGAGUACCUCUGGCAGGAUUCAGAGAAUUAUAAGCGCCCAACGAAGAUGUCUGCACCAGAAUACAUCGAGCAUCUCAUGAGUUGGGUGCAGGGUAACAUCGACAACGAGCAGAUGUUCCCCAGUCGAUUAGGCGUCCCAUUUCCAAAGGCCUUCUCCAGUCUUGUUCGCCAGAUCUUCAAGCGGAUGUACCGCGUAUAUGCUCACAUCUAUUGCCACCAUUACCCUGUGAUCGUCCAUUUGGGCCUUGAGCCACACCUCAACACCAGCUUCAAGCACUAUGUCCUCUUCAUCGAUGAACAUCGGCUCGCAAGCGGGAAGGAUUUCUGGGGACCGUUGGGAGAUCUGGUGGAUAGCAUGCUUCGAAGUGAUUGAAACCCUUCUUGGUCACCAGCUAUUACGUAGCAAUGGAUUGACACUGAGAUACGGGGUCUGGCGUU